UUGAAAAAGGCUUCGAAUUAGAGUGGAUAGCUGACAACGAAAAAUGUGAUGAUUGCCAAAAAUCAGGUGGGGAGUGCGGGUAUGAUUUUAGCCAGAGAAAUUUCACUUGCUAUCACGGUAUGAGUCCUUUCGCUUUCAUUUGGUUAUCCAAAAAAAAACUGUUUUCAUUGAGUUUUUGGUGUAGGUGACCACAGGCUUUAGGAUAGGGAGGACCAUGCCACGGGUAAGCCUGUACCGGAAGCUAUGUAACUCGGACUCUUCGUUUCACCUCAAGUACAUGGCGGACAUGUGUACUCGAGUCCGGGUAACAUAGCGCGGAAGUACCAAACCCACCCGUUUCCUACUGAUCUGUGUGUUGGGCUGGGCUUGAAUACUGCAGUUAUUUUAAAUGGGUAUACUUUAGAUUUGUUACUCUAGAAUUAAUUAAUGUUGGAUGAAAUUAAGAAUUGUAAAGGUAGUAAUCUGGGAGCAAGCCUAGCUUUUAUCUUGUUGGGUUAGUAUUGGCUUUUUAAAGGCACAGAAUGAUUCUUUAUCUAAUAAUUUAUUUAACGGUUCAAAAGCUAUUUUAACAGAUAACUUAAACGGAGGAAAACACUACGGAGUACUAUAAUUACUACUGUUGCCAAACAUAACCAGUUGAGGCUUCAACCAACUUCGUCUGUUCCAAUCCCGGGUUGGCUAGGGCCGGUCUUGAAUUGGCCAACUAUGGUUAUUGAUAAGAUGAAACAGGUUUCAUUGUCUAAGACUCUAAGCUUCAAAAGCUAAAAAGAAAAAAAAAACUUCCAUUUUUUAAUUUUUUUUUUACUUGCAACGUUUUAAUUUUUAUAAUCUAUAUUAUUUACAUAAUCAAUUUUGAUUGUCUCUGGUGAGUUUAACAUUACAAGUUAAAAUAAAAGGAAAAAAAAUAUACUCCGUGUCAUAUAUUAGGGACUAAACCAACCCGCGACAGUAGUUAAACACAUUACAGUGGUCUACGAAGUCAAAGAAAACAUUUUUGGCACAUUGACCAGGCUAAGGAUGUUUGGUGAAGAGUGAAGACAAAGGAGGCCAUAAUAGAAAAGUAUUAAAGGAGAUGUUAUUUUUAUGAAGACAAGUCUAUCUUUCCCUCCACUUUUAAAUCUUUCGAGUUGAGUUGACAAGAAAGUUCCAUAUAUUGGCCUUAUAAGUCUACGUUCAACGGCCAUUUAGUCUCUUCACCACCCCUGGCCGUCAACAGUGAUAUUUUGUGGACAAAUAUUAUUCAGCAUUAGCUGUUCUUUUCAACAACCACUCUUUGAAAGAAAAAAUUGAUCAAACAUGGUGUUUGAUAAUCAAUCUUUCUUCAUUUUUCAUUUCUAACAUGGAACUCUCUUGUCUCUCUACCGUCUUCCUCGUUCUCUUCAUCAUCUUUCGCUUAUUCCACCUCCAACAUUAUGCUUAUGCUGAUGAUGAGAGGUACGAAGACUGCAACAAGCCCUUUAAGUGUGGAACUGUCUCUAACUUAAGUUACCCUUUCUAUGACGGUCACAUUCGUCCUGAUUACUGUGGUUAUCCCGGGUUUCAGCUUGACUGCAGCAGCAGUCCUCCAGAUAUCUCAGUUGCACCGUCAGAGAGGUAUUACGUUAUUGGGGUGAAACCAGAUCAGCCUAUUGUUACUGUUGCGAGAAAAGACUACUGGGCUGGUUAUUGCCCUGGGAAUCUGCAUAAUACCAGCAUUAACUGCGACCUCUUCAGUUAUGUAGACCUGGAUGAUAAUGUCACCAUUUACUAUGGUUGUCCUGAUGUUUCUACCCCAAUGACUAAUUCUUUUAGAUGUGCAAACUUAAGUAGUGAUGCUCGUAGUCCGUUUGGCUAUUUCGUUGCCAAUGAUUCAGAGUACUCCCCCUCAGGCAAGAAUAUCCCACGGGAUGCAUGCAACAGAAGCAUUACUGUGCCUGUUACCAAUUAUGAAUCAUCUGCUCUGAGGAUAGUAGAUACAAUAAGCUUAAUGGCAGCAUUACGCUAUGGUUUUGAAUUAGAGUGGAAAGCAGAGAAUGAUGUGUGUAAUAAGUGUCGCAAAUCGGGUGGGGAAUGUGGGUAUAAUACUACUAUGAGUAGAUUUACUUGCUUUUGUCCUGAUCAACCUUACGCUUCUAAAUGCCCUGGUGGCACCAAGCCGGCAGUUAUAAUAGGGGUAUCUGUUGGAGGCGCACUUGUUGCAGCUGCUCUUUUAUGUUGCUCCAUCUUUGCUGUUCGAAGGAGAAGGCAAUCACUCGCCCAGGCUCAAUCCAAAGAUCUUGGUCCCAGUAAUCCAAGCAAUGGCCUUCCUACAACUGCUACGAGCAAUGAAUAUCGUUACAGCCAAGGCUACACAACUAGUCCUUCAACCAACCUGUCUCAGAGUCUUCCUUCUUAUCCUUCCUCAAAGUCAGAAUUUGAAAAUUCUGCCGACUACCUAGGUGUUAAGGUCUUCGGAUACAAUGAGCUUGAAGAAGCCACCGAGCAUUUUCAUGAGUCUCGGGAGCUGGGAGAUGGUGGCUUCGGUACUGUCUAUUACGGUAAGCUCAAUGAUGGACGCUUAGUUGCUGUCAAACGCUUAUAUGAGAAUAGUUGCAGGCAUAUGGGACAGUUCAUGAAUGAAAUCCAUAUUCUAGCUCGCUUAAGGCACAAGAACCUGGUUGCCCUUUAUGGAUGCACCUCAAGGAGAAGCAGAGAGCUCCUUCUAGUUUAUGAGUACGUCUCCAAUGGAACAGUUGCUGAUCAUCUUCAUGGGAAGCUUGCACAGUCCAAUGUACUCUCUUGGUCCACACGGCUCAGCAUUGCUGUUGAGACAGCAGAGGCCCUGUCUUUCCUCCAUGAAAAUGAUGUAAUACACCGAGAUGUGAAGACCACAAAUAUCCUCUUGGAAGACUCCUUCAAGGUGAAGGUGGCUGAUUUCGGGUUAUCAAGACUUUUUCCAGAUAACGUAACCCAUGUGUCCACAGCACCGCAGGGAACCCCUGGUUAUGUUGAUCCUGAAUAUUAUCAAUGCUAUCAGCUCUCGGAAAAAAGCGAUGUUUACAGCUUUGGAGUUGUUUUAGCAGAGCUAAUAUCAUCAAAAGUUGCAGUAGAUAUCACCCGGCAUAGGCAUGAUAUCAAUUUGGCCAAUAUGGCUGUUGACAGAAUCCAGAAACACGCAUUCAAUGAGCUGGUUGAUCCAAAACUUUGGUGUGAAAAGGACCACCUUGCACAAAAGAUGGUGAAGCUAGUAGCAGAAGUGGCUUUUCAGUGUUUGCAGCAAGAGAAAGAGGCAAGGCCUUCAAUGAAAGAAGUGCUUGAAUCGUUGAAAGGAAUACAGAAGGAAUUGGAGAACUCGCAAAAGCAAGUAGUGGUGGAUAUCCAUGAAAACGAUGAUGUAGGGCUUUUGAAAAAUGUCCCUCCUCCAGUUUCACCCGAAACAGAGCCGAGUAACAAAAGCAUCAGGUGAAGAAUGACUAAUAGUAAGUCCUUUCUUAUAGUUAUCGAUUUUAGCAAGAAAUGACAUUGCGAUCAUUACUAAAAUGCUUGAUAAGAUAUCUAUGAGGAUGAAAAUUGAAAAUGCUUUACUUAUCCUACUUAGUUGGAGGUUGCUAAUGGAGAUUAGUUAACGGGUGAAUAGUUUAGAAAUCUGUAAAUAGUACUCCAUACAAGAUGAUGUUAGUGCUGCUGUGUGAAUCCUAGCAUGAAUUUUGACUCUAUGCUCUUGAUCUUAACUAAUACUUUCUUGCGUUUUUCCUGUAAUAACAUCUGCAUGC